AUGAAAACUGCAUGUCUUGCAAACUGCACUAAGUUUGACUCAGUGCCACGGAAGCUGACUGAGAUGUUUGAGCUCCCGUGGGGCUGGGAAUUCCCCCCGGGAGCAAAAGCUAUUGUGCAAGCUGGCUGGUUCAGUCUUGCUGCAGGUCUUCUUGAGCUCUCCUUGGGAAAAUUCAGAAAUGUGCUACUUAACCAGACCAAUUCAGUGGAAGCUGUAAUCAGGAAUAUUGCAAGCAAUGUGACUGUUGUCAUUUUUCAAGUACAUGCCCAGGAAAACAACGUGGUGAUAUCAUUCGAUAAGAACCCCUCUGUGAACACCUCAGGAACGGGAGAAGACAAAGGAUUGGUUUCCAUUCUUCGGCCUCAACAGAGUGUGUGUACGUGGUACCUUCGCUCACUGAAUGCUAACCACGUGUUAAGCACAGCUAUCUCCAUUCCCUAUAUGGAAAAAGAUCCUAUUCCUGGAGGCUGCAAUCUAGAAUUUGACUUGGAAGUGGAUCCCAAUAUCUACCUAGACUAUACCUUGGUUGAUGUCCACAUCAAGUUUGCACCUGCAAACUUGGGAUAUGCCAGAGGAGCAAAUGCACCAUCCUGUGAUUCGGGGACCGGUCAGAACUCCAGAUGGCGGCUGCGUUACGACGUCUACCAGUACUUUUUACCGGAAAACGAGCUUUCCGAGAUGGUGCUCAUGAACCACAUCCGGAAGAUGUCUGAGGUUCACAGUAUCAAAGCUAAUGGCGUUAAAGUGCUUUCACUGACAACAGAUGACAAGACCAAUGUCUACUUCUCCUCACUGCCUGGGCAAGGUGUGAUCUACAAUGUAAUAGUGUGGGAUCCUCUGUGGAAUACAUCUGCUGCAUACGUACCUGUGCAUACCUAUGCCUGCAGCUUUUCUGACCUGGUGGAUAACUGCUCUUCUGUCAGCAAACUCUCUACCAAAAUAUUCUUCACUGCUCUUGCUGUUCUUGGUCUCUUCACUUGCUUUUUUGGACACAGAUUCUGGAAAACAGACUUAUUCUUCAUGGGCUUCAUAUUCACAGGAUUCUUCUUCUUUGUAUUCAUUACUAGGGUAACUGGCCUUGGUUACGAUGUGCGUCUGAUUUUGACAGCAGCAGCUGGAAUUAUUGGAGGGCUUCUCCUGGUUGCUGCCUGGUGGAGAUUUGGCUCGGUCCUACUUUGUAUGUUGAUUAUUGGGCUUGUGCUGGGAUUUCUCUUCUCCUCAGCCAUCUUCUUCACCCCACUAGGAGAUUACAAAGUCUUCCGUGAUGAUGUUGUGUUUUGGGUGACCUUUACUUGUGUGGCCUUGAUGAUUCCGGUGCUAUUUUUUGGCUGUCCAAGAAUUCUGAACAUCCUGGCCUGUGGAAUAGUUGGCUCUUACUCGGUGGUCUUGGCUGUUGCUUGUUACGUCUUCACGAGUCUCGCCUACGUCACCUUAGAGCUGCUCCGGAGAAUCCUCAACGACUCCUUCAGCAGAGCUUACACCCAUGUGCCUUUCCAAACAAACGACUUCAUCAUUCUGGCCGUGUGGGCCAUGUUGGCCGUCACUGGUGUGACUGUGCAGCUUCGCCGAGAGAGGAGUGAGGUGCCCUUCCCACCGCCGCCCUAUCUCCUCUGGAAGCGGGAAAGAGAGCGCAGAAGCACGAAUGUCCUGGACCCGAGCCACCACAUCCCUCCCCUGCGAGAGCGGAUCCACAGCAAACUCCUGCAGAUCAAAGAGGUCUUCCAGAAAGAGCAGCCAGCCGGGGAAAGAACUCCCUUGCUUCUGUAGGGAGCCGAAGAACUGUCGGACACAGAAGAAGAGUC